AUGGGUCCUUUCCAUGGCGAUGCCGAAAUCCGAACUGGUAUUGGGGGAACAGGGGCGAGGGGCGAGGAUGGAGACGACGACGACACCGCCGGGUGCGCGCAAUCAGGCUGGCUGUCACUCGUUCGACGCGUCGUUUCUCGUUUCAGGGCGGUUGGGGCGCUUUUGCCCGCAGCUGUGUCAUCCCUGAUACGACCCUCCGGGUUUAUCCAGGACCCCAUGACCAGAGGACACCGCAUCCAGCCUUCGUGGUCGGCCGUCCAGGUCCGAUCACAGCAGGAGCCCGACGCGUUUCUGGCAUCCGGCGCAAAGUUCCAUCUCGGUGUCCGCAGAGAUCGGCCACAUAUCGACGACUCCAGGAACACGCAAACCACUGUCGAUGAAGCCGACGCGAGACUCGACCGGCGCUUGGAGAGCUUGCAGGCACAGGGCGCCCUGUAUCCGUCAAAUUGUCUCGCCUAUCUGCACGCCACUGCAUAA